CAUUGCAACUUUUUUUCCCCUAUCACUAUCGAAAAUUGUAUGAGCUCCUGAGUUAGACUUGUACAAGAUGCGCUAUAACUUCUAUUCUAGAGUGUUGAGCAGACAAUGGAACGUCUAUCAAGGUCUCAAUCUCCCCAAAAGAUGCCCAACCACAUACAAAUACUUCCAUGCAUCUGCGAAGCGAUCAGCCAUAAAGCCAUUUAUGUUGGCAGACAUUGGAGAAGGAAUCAAAGAAUGCGAAAUUAUACAAUGGUUCGUGGAACCAGAAGCUCGGGUGGAGGAAUGGGACAAAUUAUGUGAAGUGCAAAGUGACAAAGCUUCGGUUGAAAUCACCAGUCGGUUUUCGGGUGUCAUAAAGAAACUUCACUAUGAAGCUGGGGAUAUGGCACAAGUGGGGAAAGCUCUCCUGGAUAUUGAUAUACAAGGGGAGAUCGAACAAGAGGGCGCGAGUGCUGUUGAAGGAUCAAGUGCCGGCAAUGACUCUAAAGCCCAACCCGUGGACAAUUCAACAACGGAGUAUAAAGUAGAUGUUCCAGGUGCCUCUCAGCCAGCUGCCGAGACUCGAUCCUCUCCAUCAACUCCAAAAGGAAAGCAUGCGUCAUUGGCGACACCAGCAGUAAGGCAUCUUACAAAAGAGUUAGAUGUCAACAUAUUAGAUGUGACAGGUACGGGGAAAGACGGCCGCGUACUUAAGGAAGACGUACAUCGGUUUGCAAAAGACAGAGACGGGGCUCCGUCAACAACUCAGGAGCCCUUCAUAAAAGCAGAUGGGGGGCCUCAAAAGGAGUAUACUACUUCAUUAACGCCUGUUCAACAGCAAAUGUUCAAAGUCAUGACGAAGUCUUUGGCCAUACCUCAAUUCCUCUACACCGAUGAAAUUGACUUCACGAAACUCUCCCAAGUACGAGGCCGUAUCAACAAACAACUGGCAAGCUCUCCCGUCAACGGGGUUGCUAAGCUAUCCUACCUUCCCUUCAUUAUCAAAGCUGUCUCUUUGACUCUCAAUCAUUACCCCAUCUUGAAUGCUCGGCUCGACAUUGAUCCCACCUCGCAGAAGCCCAUAUUAACAAUGCGUCCCCAACAUGAUAUCGGCAUUGCAAUGGAUACUCCCACAGGUCUCCUCGUCCCUGUCCUAAAACACGCACAGUCCACGUCUACCCUCCUCAAUAUAACUCAAUCUCUCACCAAUCUUCAAUCCCUUGCCUCAAGCUCUACCCUUACCUCCUCUCACCUCUCCGGUGGCACUAUAACCAUCUCCAAUAUCGGCAAUAUUGGCGGUACCUACCUCUCUCCUAUCAUCGUCGACUCCCAGCUCGCCAUUCUCGGCAUCGGCAAACUACGCACCAUCCCCGCGUUCGACGCUCACGGAAAUGUCGUUUCAAAACAAGUUAUUAACUUCAGUUGGAGCGCCGACCACCGCGUAAUAGACGGUGCAACCAUGGCCCGCGCAGCCGAAAUGGUCAGAGGAUAUAUCGAAGAUCCAGAAACCAUGCUUUUACAUAUGAAAUGAUGCACUGUUGUACAUCCAACGCACAUGACAUCAUCUCAUCAUUCACGUCUUGCAUACAUUUAGGCGCAGCAAAAGCGGCUGAGGAAUUCAAGACCACGAGAUCGUUCUUCGCUUCAGCUCACAAGAUCUCAUUCCAUACUGCUUUCUGCAUCACCUUGAGAUAGUUGACAGAAACACAACAUACGCAUAGACCGUGAUACCAUACCCCACGGACAUAAGGAUAUAUUUUUGCCUCCUUCCAAUUGGGUAAACAGAAUCACAAAGUAUGAUUUCACGUUGAUGAAUUAGGCCACCGCCUCAAAAAGUAACGGACUUGUUACAAAUGACUGCGUUGCACUCGGUGUUUAGAGAGGGGGUUCGGGCUCAGCUUGGGGGUUUCUUUGGAAUGGAUGGUAAGUUUUGCACUUGCGAAGCUUGCGGAGAUUGCGAGGCGUUAGCGUAGCAUACAGAAACAAUACAAGAAAACAUGCCUGCA